ACACUCUUUCUGAAUCCGGUUCCGGCGUGCCGACGACACCGACGCCUGUUCCCACAGACAGAUCACAGGGCUUUACCCGAACAGCACUGACUGGUAGCAGCUGAGAGAAGGUGCGGAGCGAGGGUUACUAAACCCGGAGGAUUUCUCACGGCUCGCGGACAAUAAUGCUCUUCUAUAUGUCUCAUAAACGGAUGACAGCCUCCAAACAAACCUACAGUGAAAACUUUCAGCUCUAUAUUUGACGCGGGGUGUUGUUUCUUGAGAUUUUAACCUGGUCCAAGAACAGAAAUGAUGCAGGUGCAAACUCUGGCCUAUACGUUACUGAAAUGACUUGCUCGGCGCUGCUGACGCGGUUCAUUGUGCCAUGCCAACCCCGCAUUGCAUUGUCAGAUGCCAUUUUCCUCUGCGUUAUUAUCCCACUGUCUGGAAUUCCAACAUACUGGGCCUGUUGUUGUGUAAUAAGAAGUUCGUAAAGGCUGAAGCAAACAAAGCUGGUGCAAUGAGAAGCUACGCUCUCCAAGACACUGUGCGCAAUUUGUGCUGAAGCUUAUGGGUCCUGCGUAUGCAAGCUCCCGGCUUCCACUUGGAGAGGUGUGCUGCGGGGCUACAGCGCACCGGCUGUCGGCUUCACAUCUGGACCGCCUGCCUGCUGUCAUCUGCGGCCUGUUCGGACUGUGUACUCCCUAAACUUGUGUGUUGAAGGGGAACGGAUUGAGGUAGCCUCAAAUGGUACCGUGUUAAGGGAGAAGGAGAAACUAUUUGCCUGGGACUUAACGUUAUCGGUGAUCCACUGGAACACCGAAAUCCAAAGCUAGACUGGCUGACUACUCAACGGGAAAAAAAGCGGCUGUCCGGCUAUGGAUUUUGCGUAACAAAGUCACGCAUUUUAAAGGCAACGCUAGGGUGACAUUGCAGUCUUCUCACCAUAUCGGUUAUUUCGUCGUCCGACAUAAAAAAAUAAAAGAGUGAAAGUGGAGUAUUGUCCGUCAUACGUAUCAGCGCAGUGGGAUUUCUACGUCUGGUCGGCGUUCCCCCCCACCCUUCCCGCGGUGACGGUUAUGGGUCGGAAGCGGUGUGUCGGUGCAGAUUGUUCCAAGAUGGCGGCCGGGUGCUGCGGGGUGAAGAAGCAGAAACUGUCGGGAUCACCCGGGUCGGGGGGUCCCGGCGGGGUGGGGGCGGGAAGCGGGGUGGCAGGAACCGGACAUUGUGGCUCGGAGUUGGGGAUUGGCUCCUCCGCGACAGUUGCAGCAGCGGCGAACGUGAGCAGAGCCAACGGCCUGGGGGGACCCGGGGGUAACGUUAGUGGCAGCAGUAGUGGUGGUGGUGGUGGUGGCAGUGGCACAAACGCUCUGUCCCCAGCCCCGGCCGGUUACACUUCAUCCGGCCUCGCCCCGAAUCUUAGCCCGGGACCUGGUUCGGGAAGUGGAGGCAGAAAAAUGGUGGUCUCAGCGGAGAUGUGCUGCUUCUGUUUUGACGUGCUUUAUUGCCAUCUGUACGGAUACCAACCUCCGAGAACACCCAGGUUUACAAAUGAUCCCUACCCGCUGUUUGUCACAUGGAAAAUAGGCAGAGACAAGCGGUUGCGGGGUUGUAUAGGUACAUUUUCUGCCAUGAAUCUGCACUCAGGACUCAGGGAGUACACCCUUACCAGUGCCCUUAAAGACAGCCGCUUCCCCCCUAUGACAAGGGAAGAGCUGCCUCGCCUCUUCUGCUCAGUGUCUCUUCUCACCAACUUUGAAGACGUCGGUGAUUACCUUGACUGGGAGGUGGGUGUUCAUGGUAUUAGGAUAGAGUUUUUCAAUGAAAAAGGAUCAAAGCGCACAGCCACUUACCUACCAGAGGUUGCGAAGGAGCAAGGUUGGGACCACAUUCAAACCAUAGAUUCCUUACUACGAAAGGGAGGUUAUAAAGCUCCCAUCACAAAUGACUUCAGGAAGACCAUUAAGUUAACCAGGUACCGUAGCGAGAAGAUGACUAUGGGUUAUGCAGAGUACAUCGCCCACCGUCAGCACCAUCACUACCAGAACGGCAUCGGGCACCCUCUACCACCCUACAACCAUUAUUCCUGACAGCGAGCCGCAUGACCAAUCAUUGGACCUCUCCGCGGACCUUUUCCCAGGAGAGCCCGCCCCCUCCUGGUCUAGCUAUUUCUACUACUGUACCAUUUUAUGAUGAUAGUUUCCGUUGCCAUGCUGGCUGUCUCCCAGACGUUGACAUGGCAACGGGUGGCAACGAAGCAUCAUUUGAUUACGGCAAGAAAUCCACACAUUUCUUUUUCGUUGCCUGUGGUUAUGUUUUUGCAGCAUACUUACAAGUCUAUCUAUAAUCACCCCUCCCUUUAUUUCUAUUUUUGACAAUUAACAAAUGAUAGAUUUUAUUCAGUAAACCUAAUCAGGUGUUUGAUUCUGUGGAUGGAAGCAAAUCUCUUAGAUUAGUAUUACACUUUUAUUCUUUAGGCUUUGCUUCAGUUUUACUAAGAAAUUCUUUCUUUUCUUUUAGUUUUUGCCUCUUAAUUUAUAUUAAUCACCGGACAUGUUUGCCAUGUAGCAAAGCAACUGCAGUUCUUGAAGGCUUUGCCAUCUCUCUUCUUGAUUCCUCUCAAAAAACAAAAAACAAAAAAAGAUUGACUUGUUGAGGUUGUUUGAGUCUUGUAAACUCUUGUAGUGUUGUAGUUGGGACUAUUUAUUGGGGUCUGUAUACUCCAAAGCAUGGAUGGUAGGAUCGCGUUUAUUGUUUGAGAAGUGUGUAUGUCCGUGUGUGGAUACGGACUUCGAUCUGCCACAAGAUAAAAAUCAGUGGAACGAGAUAGAAAUUGGAUUUUACAUUAAAAAAAAAGAAAAAAAAGACUCUCUCCCCUGAGUAAUUGUAGUGUUUUGUGGUGGAACCUUUAAUCUUUGAACCAUGUUUGAUAGAGCUGACAACCAUGUUCCCUUUUUUGUCGAGUGAAAGUACGUGGGGAGGAAGCCAUUUUGUCUGAGGAUAAUCAUGUUCAUAAAUUGGGAAAUUUGGCUACAAGUGGGUCUGCUUUCCCUGCGGUAGAGCUACCAGGCAUGAAAGUAGGUACGUGAUUGAUGCUUUUGUUACUUAGUCUGUUGGUGUCUGGGUUUAAUGGCAGGGAGUCACUCAACAGGGACAUGCUAUAACUACUUAAAGCCAUAUUCUCUCUUUUAUUCGACACUAUCGGAGGAGUUGUUUGGCUUGAAGUCUAUUGUAUUCAGUGCCACUUAAAGCGCUAAUGCUAGUCUUGUGGGUGAGUGCGGACGUACACCAACCAGCCUCAGACGCGGCUGCGUCACUGAGCCCUCGCCUCAGCAGCGGUUUCAGUCAUUUGUUCGGAAAAGUCCAUGUACUAAUAGUCUGUGUUUUCGCGUCGUGGAAAUCAUUGUCUUGCCUUUUCAGAUUGUAGCUAACCAUUUACUCGUUACUCGUCCAUGAAGUAUGCUCUAUUUAAGAUUAGUUAUUUUCAAUGAAGAUAAGCAACUUAACGCACAAAGGAAGUGAGCUAAUUAACAUGUGUGUGGCAUUUAGAAGUGCAUGUCAUUGUGUAGUUUGCGAUGUGACGCAGCGGGUCGUUUAUUUUAGUCGUUGAAACCGGUCUCCUCUGCUACUCUGGCGUUUACUGAGGUCCGUUGAUCUGUGAGCGUGUGCGUGUCCACGACACGGGAAACAUUUGUGAUUAGUGCUUUUGUUUUGUCAGCUGUUUGGCACCAGGUUUGAGCAAACACAGUUAAUUUAGUUAGUGCAGAUUCUAAAAGCCAGGGCUCUGUGUGUGUACAACCUAAGAAGCCAUUUUCUCAUUCAAAUAGUACUUGUGAUUUAGCGUACACGCGCAUACACACACUUGGCUGGUUUGUACUUACUGUCCAGAAUGUUUUAAGAUCGUCGAGGGUUGUUCAUGUUUAGUUUUGCUAGCUGGAAUUUUUGAGAGGUUAUCGCUACUUGACCAACAUCUUUCUUUUAUAACAGCCUUUACUAACUGGCAGGUUAUUUUUUUUUUUUUUCCUUUUAUGCAAAACGUCAAGGGCUUUUGGCACUCCAUCCACAGUAACCCGAAAUGACCCAGAUUUCAGUUGUGUUGCCUUAAAUUAAUGAUUUAAUAAAUUAUGGACCAGUACAUGAUGAUGCUCUGAGUGUUCCUCUGGCCCAUGGUUUGCUCUUCCGUCAACUCCACCUUCAGACGGUGGCGUGUGAACCCCUCUGCAGCCUCCUGUUCACUCACGUCUCGCCCAGUUACUGGCCCUUUAUUUCACUUUUAAGUAUCCCACAAGGACACUGUGGUGUUACAACACUACAUGUUUAAACCAUGGCAAAGACAGUUUCACGCCUUUUUAGACAAACGAGAAGCUUGCCCGACGACACAUGACACAAACACUACGCUUCACGGGAGAACAGUCAGUCAGUCAUUCAUUUCCUGGUCCACUUAAUACAGCACAACCUGAAUUUUCCUGCUGCAAAACCAAAUUGACCAUGCUGUUUUACAUAUGUCUUUGUAUACACAUGCAAUCUAUUCUGUUGCAUGUAUGUCUGAGUAUGAGACCUAUGGUUUUAUCCAUGAUAUGCUUGAUCUAUGGCUUAGACACUCUUAUUUACCAUUAAGAAAUUUAAAAGACAAAUAUGGUGCUAUCGGACCUCAUAUUGGGGUGGUCACAGCUCGUGACUGGUCAUGCGGACUCAUUAAUCAUAUCAUACUUAAAAGAUGCAGCGUGUAAGAUUUUCUCUUGGGUAUAUUGCUGUGAAAAGGGUCAUGGCGGUCACCGAUACAAACAGUAGCCUCAAAAAUCCAUUCAAGUGCAUUCAUGACAUCCUGUGAAGGUGGGUUUGCUGUCGGACCUGGUUUUUACCCACCCUGCGUGAUUCUGUCUCAUGUGGACUUGGGGUUUAGUUUAGGUCUAAACGUACCCGUAAACAUAAGUGUGUUCGGAAUGUGUUUUCAGAGCAUGUGUGAAUGGACACGUGAAAGACCGCCCCUUCACCAAAUGGCUUCUAACUCCAUUUUCACAAUGAAUCAUGAAUCUUCCACCCCCACACUAUUAACACUCAUUUACAAACGAUUUUUCUAAUAGUUAAAGUGUUUCAUGUUGCAGCAGUGUGAGUAGGCCAUUAACCUUUUUGUUUUUUGUUAUCAAGCUUUCUAUUUUUGUUAAGCCUGUUAAAUGUGAAAAAGGGUUUCCUUACUCCAUAUAACAAACAUUUCCUGACAUUUAAUGGUCCAAACUACACCAGAAAUCCGUUAUCCUAAAAGUUAUUGUUAGUUGCAGCCCUAAAUCGAAUUACUACUUGCGCUGCUGUAACAUGAAAUAAGAUUAACCCAUUAGAAAGAAAAGAAAAUCAAUGUGAAGCCACUGAGAAGUGUCAAAAUCCAGUGAUACUGCAGCAGGUCAAAGGACUUCGUCCACUUAGAAGGUGGUUUCUAAUGUGUGUUAAAAGCAAGUUUGCAUUCACACAUGCUGGAUAAUGUGGGGGAUGUCACAUUUUCCCAAACCACCUCCAAAUGUGGUUUCCGCGAUCUGAUCUGAAGAGACAUUCAGAACACAUUUGAGUACGUUCAAUCGUGUACUUGGCUCUGUCCGCCUGUGAUCAGAAUACACAAGGAGGAGGGUGUUAUUCCCGGGUCCGAUCAUGGUCUUGAACAUUUACGAGCGCAAAAUCGUAGCAGCAACACAUCAAGAGGCUACAGAAUGUACUGCUAAUGGUCGUUGUGACGGUUCAUCUUCGGUAUAUCGAGAGAAAAUCCUACAUGUUUUUCUAUCCUCGAUAUAUGCAGAUCUGUUCAACAGGUGUUUUGUUUUUUUUUCCUACCAGUGCAAGUCAACACCCCUGCAGGUUUGAAAGGACAAGAAGUCACAUGUUUACCUCCCACACCUCCCCCCCGUUUACCCCCCCCACACUGUGGCCCAACCUCAUGGCCUAGUUUGUCAAGGUGUGACGCGUCGUCGUUCUGUAGAUGGCGGCGGUAGUCGCGGUCGUUGCCUCUCCUGGAAGAUCAGAUGCUGCUCUUUGCCCCUGAGCUCAUCUUUACGAUCUUCCUACCAGCUGCUGAAUCAUCAUUUGAAAGGUUUGGGGGUCGUUGAGGCAUUCACAACCUCUCGUAGACCUUUGUUGAAGGUGAAGCAUCUCCUGCAGUAGGACGCAGAGUUAAUGUUUUACGUAGAACACGCAGAAUAUAGUCCUGGUUCUGUACUGAUUAACUGUUAAAAGCAUUGAUACCUCAUGGGAUUGUAUGGAACGAAGUUUCGUAGUUUGUUGUAGCAGAUAGUGUUUUGGUUCCAUACCGGGGUUUAGAGUUCAGCCUCAGCAUUCCUUGUGUGGUCAUUGUCGUGUUUCGUGGAAUGCUCAAGCUCAUGUUACCUUCGUAUGUUGGACUGAACCAAAGAUGCCAGCGGCCAUGCCCAAAUGCUGCUCUUCAGGCCUGGCUUCCUGUCCUUCCAAAUAACACCCCUGCAUUUGACAAAAAUGUUUUGUCUCGUUAUAUUUUUAUCGUUUUUUUUUUUCUGCGAUUUCUCGACUGUCUUGACUUUUUUUUUUUAGCAACUCAAUUUUUCAAUGAAUUUUCAUUGUCAAUCUCUGAAACCGCAUGUGGUGUCAAAGAUGAUUUGAAAUUGGUUGCAAGUUGUUACGUAUUAUGUUUGUUAUUAUUUUAUCAUUAUUAUUAUUAUUAUUGCUCUGAUUUACACAAAUGAAAAUCCCAUGGUGUGCCUCCUAGCUUUAUGGGUUUAUAAAUGUUUUUUUUUCCCUAAAGACCAGCAGUUAUACUUUGUAUAAAAGAUGGAUUUUUCCUUAUUUUUUAUGCCAUUAAAGAUGAAAAAGCCUGUUUUCUUUACUCUGGACCCAGUAGCUGCACUGGUAUACAAUCGCACUGAUAGAUGAAUUUAAAUAAAUAAAAGAAGACUAAAUGAAUCAAUAAUAAUAAUAAUGACAGAAGAAAUAAGAACUACAAUAAACUUGUGUUUGAAACUUUUAUUAAAAAAAACUUUUAAAAAAAGCACAUAAAAAAGAAAACGACUGUUUUUGUACAUCAAAUUAAUUCUUUUCAAAAGAAUAUUUUGGAUCUAGUUUCAAAAUUAUUUUAGUGGUUUUCUAUGUUCUGAAUUUUUGAGACACUGACUUCUAUGACGUGUCACUGUACAAAAUGACUUUCUUCUGUUGCAGUGGCCUGAUGGGCUGGGAGGGUUACCUGGUGUAACUCCUCGUACCAACUUUUAUUUCCGUUCAAUUUUUGGAUCUCUUCUUUUUUUUUUUCCUCUGCUUUAGUAACUUGAAAAAAUGUUGAUGGAAUAAUAUGAACUGGGAAUCUUCAAAUCCAUCCCCUGUAGAGCUUAGACCCUUCCUCUCUUCCUAUUGAAUUGCUGUUAGUGUGACAAGACUUGAAACGGGCAUUUAUCAAGAUAGUAUGAAUCCAAAAAAAUUUAAAAAAAAAAAAAUUGCCCCACACAUACAAACAAAAAGAAAACAAAUAACCAAAAAAAAAAAAAAAUUGCAAAAGAAAAGUGGGGAGGCUUGAAAGAAUAUAUAUAGAUGGGCUAUCUGAGUAUGUAAGCAAUGGAUGUGAAGAUAGUAGUUUUAAACAUUGUUAUUACCUUUUAAAUCAUUUAUUCAAUAAAAAAUACAAAAUCAACUGAAAA